AAGAGAAAGCCCAUCGUCAUGUGGGGCAGGGCUCGCGGCAGGCCCAGCUACCCCGUGGCUUCCACUGUGACCGGCCUGCCGCAGCCCUCUCCUAGGAGGAAAGUGGCCCAGGAGAAGAAGGCCCUCGGGGUUCCCUCCAAGAUGGCCUUGGGAAGGAUCUUCCCCUCCUGGGGCCAGCGAGUCUCUGCGGCACCUCCGGAACCCGCCACCUUCCCGCCCAUCUCUGGUGUCCCGCUGCUGGGGAGGUCCAAGAGGUUUACCCUGGUGCCUUCAGGAUCCAAGCAGUCCAAGCACCACACUGCUGGUGCUGGGAAGAAGUCCACCACCAGGAGGUCCAGGGAGCCUGAGCCGGGCCCAGGAGAUAACAGAGACCCCAGUCUCAAGGGCCAAUUCCUAAUGUACAGGGCAGGCCCCUUGUGUCACUCCUUGCACCGGGGGGAGUUCAACAGCGGCAGCUUCAACUCCAGAAUCCCCCAAGCCCCAGGAAUCUCUCAGCCUUUGACCCCACCAAGCCAGGAAGACUUCAUGCCCAGAGAGUCCUCUGGUGACCAGGAGCCACUUGACCAUCCCACAGGACCGGAGAGGCAGCACCAGCAGUCACCUGGAGCCCAGGGCUGUCCUCAGUGUGUCAUGCUCCAGAAAGAAAUAGACAACCUUAAGGAGCAGCUCGCCAUCAUGGAGUCCCUGACUGGCAAAUUUCAGGACAUCUGAGACAGGUCUGAGCCAGCUGCUUCCCACAAGAAAAGCAGCUGGUACCCUGGGAUCUCAGCAGCUGAGGCCAAGCUGGUUUACACUUCUCCCACCUCAGUCCACUCCUCCUGCCUUCUGUUGA